GUAUUAGUAUUCAGAGCACAGGGACGGAAAACGGAGAGGGAGCGAGCAAGCAAGGAACCGAAUGAUAGAGAGUGAGAGGGAGGGGAUAGUGAAAUACAGAGGAGGAAAAAACACUAGACGGGGGGAAAAAUAUAAGAGAAGAACACAGGAAACGGGAGUGGAAAGAGGAGAGGGCACAGAUAUCAUAUUGGUAAUUUCUCCCUCUCAGUCUGCCAUCCCGGUUGCGGGGCUUAUUGCUCGGUGCGUCUUGGAGAGAGAGAGAGAGAGAGAGGAGGGGGUGGACAGAGCGAAAGAGGGCGGAAUGCCCCUUUACAAGCGUCGCAUCUGACUAAAACAGCGGAGAAGCUCGUAAAUCGUAAAGAGAGGGAGACAGUGGUUUCUGUAACGCCAAGGUGAUGUUGAGGAACUUCAUAAGAGUCUCCACAAAUGUGACAGUGAUCUCCAAUCCGUGCUGAUUUGUUGGAGAGACAACAGAAAGAGAUGUGAUCCACCGUUUACUGUUGAAGCCAAAUGACUAAGAGCUCAACUUCUCAACUUUCAGUGAGGAAAAAAAGCCACUUUUCUGCAGGCUCCCAUUUCUGGUCUUGGAAACAUUAGGAAAAAAACAAGUUAAAGGUUAUGCAUGCACUCCAGGCAUAACUGUGCGUUCCUCUGCCAAAUCUAUUUGUAAAGAAAAAGAGUGUCUCCGCUCUGGCUUGUACAUUCAACAUGGCCCAGAACCUCGGGAGUCAAGUUCAGUAAAGGGAAAGUGAGAGGGGUGGGUGUCUCUCAGUCAUAUAUGGGCACAUCACUCUGGUCUCUGUGAUCCAGACCAAGACACCCUGCAGAGCCCCUCGUGUUCUUCCCUUAUUGCAGCUGCCCCUCAAAUUCCUCUGCUCAACUUUCUCAUUUCACACCUUGUAAACGGUGGACGGGCCUACACUCUACUUAAAAGAUCGCCGUCCGAUAGGUGAGGGCGGCGAGGGCUGCGCUGUCAUUGGCUGACUGCCGGUGAGAGUGCGAUGCGGAUUGGAGGAUGUCGGGGGACUGGGAUGAAGACCUGUGCAAGAAGGCGCUGAUGUUGGUGGAGGAGCUGUGCUUCAACUCCCCGAGAGGUUACAGCCAGAGUGAACGCUGCCAGGAGUUCAGCUACCUGCUGCGAGGUCGCAAUCGACAGCUGGACACAGAGAUCUCUGUCAGUCUGCUGUCGGUCAUCGUGACAUUCUGUGGCAUCGUCCUCCUCUCCGUAUCCCUCUUUGUCUCCUGGAAGCUCUGCUGGCUGCCAUGGCGGGACAAGGAGGGUGGAGGCCUGAGUCUGACAUCCGGGUUGCUGCCCGGAACCGCCGGCGUCGGAAGCCUCGGAGGCACUGGUGGGUCGUCGCUCUUACCCCCGCUGCUGCAGAGGAAAGAGGGUCACUCUUCUUCCUCUCUCUACCCCUCCCUGGGCCAGCAGGGCCAGCAUCACCCCCAUUUCUCUGACUUGGUGGGGCUGGAGAGGGGGGAGGUCGGAGGUGUGGUUGGGGGGCCACAUGAGACCCAGGAGCACUCCUACUUGGACAUGGACUCCUACCCCAACAAUGCUGGAACUCUGAAGCUGAGUCAGACGUCUCCAGAUGUCCCCAACUCAGAGGUUGGGGCGCAUCCCCCUAAAGACCUUCCCAACGCUCAUUCCCAGCAGCAGGUGACCCCACGGCCCAAGCCCAUGACUCACCAGCUCUCCAGUCCUGAUUUCCACGCUGACGAGAAGGAGCAGGUAACCAGCAUUGGGCAGAUUAAACCAGAACUCUACAGACCCAAGGGCGACCAAGGCGAAGGCAAACAGGGCGACAACUGCGGCAAGAUCAGCUUCCUCCUGCGUUAUGCCUUCAAUACAGAGCAGUUGGUGGUGAAGAUCUUGAAAGCUCUGGACCUGCCAGCGAAGGAUGCCAAUGGCUUCUCUGACCCCUAUGUGAAGAUCUACCUACUGCCAGACAGGAAGAAGAAAUUCCAGACCAAGGUGCACAGAAAGACCUUAAACCCAGUGUUCAAUGAGACGUUUCAGUUUGGCGUGCCGCUGAAUGAGCUACAUUCCAGGAAGCUGCAUUUCUCUGUGUAUGACUUCGACCGCUUCUCCAGACACGACCUGAUUGGCCAGGUAGUGGUGGACAACCUGCUGGACUUCAGCGAGGGCAGCGGGGACAAACCCGUCUGGAGGGACAUUGUGGAGGGCACCGCGGAGAAGGCUGAUCUCGGGGAGCUUAAUUUCUCGCUGUGUUACCUGCCCACUGCAGGCAGGCUCACUGCUACAGUCAUUAAGGCCACCAAUCUCAAAGCCAUGGACCUGACUGGCUUCUCAGACCCGUACGUGAAGGCCUCACUGAUCUGUGACGGGCGAAGGCUAAAAAAGAGGAAGACCUCCAUUAAGAAGAACACACUGAACCCUACGUACAACGAGGCGCUGGUGUUUGACAUUCCCAAUGAAAAUAUAGAAAGUGUAUCCAUCAUCAUAGCCGUGAUGGACUAUGACUGUAUUGGUCAUAACGAGGUUAUAGGGAUGUGUCGCGUGGGCAGUGACGCUGAGGGUCCAGGGAGGGAGCACUGGGCAGCCAUGCUGGCCAAUCCACGCAAACCAAUAGAGCACUGGCAUCAGCUUGUGGAGGAAAAAGCAAUUGCCUCAUUUGUGUCGAAGAGUGCUACGGCAUCCUCCCCAAAGCCGCACAUUGUGGUGGACAGUCCUCACUCCGACUAAAACUGUGAGCCUCUCUCUGGUCAUUAUCGUCUCUCCAACUCCAGACUUUCCUUUCUUUCCUCUCAUCUGUGAAUACUUCUUUCCAUCAAAGAACGAGAGACACGGAGACACUGCUAGUGUCCAACUGCUAGUGCUGUUUUGCUCCUGCUAAUGAAUCCUCCAAGUCCUGUGCUGUCUUUACUAAGCCGGGGAAAAAAACAAAACAACAUCCAUCACAAGCUACACUUUGUGCAUCAGACUACACAUUUACAAACACUUGCAGACACUAAAUGGUACGGUAGAACUGAUAUCGGGUGUAAAUUUGGGAUCUAGCAAGUAAACACACACACAUAAUUCACACAGACACACACAAAUACACACAGAGUUUGUAGUAUGUGCGUAGUUCAUGUGUGCUUCAGAUUAGUGUAGUAUGUCAUCUAGGAGGAGUGUGAUGUGACAAACUUUUCUCUCUUGAAAAAAAGAAAAAGAAAAAAGAAAAGCCAUCCUAGAAUGGUAAUCUCAACCAGGACCAAAGGUUCAUGCCCUUGUACAGACUAUAAAAGAAGAAAAUCACUAUGUCGAUAUUUUUCUUUGCAACAUCGGUGUACAGUAUAUACCAUACUGUAUGAGAAAACAUCUCUCAUGGGAAAACAAAUCUUGUAGUACCUAGCAGGACAAAACGAUCGGAGGUGGAUUCUUCCGGGCCAUUUUGGACGCCUUCACCAGGCUCGUACCCUCUUAUUUCAGACUUAACUCGCUUAUUUUCCCCAGAGGAAAGACGACAAAGCGUCCAGUGGUCUUUAUUGAUGUCAAAGGAGUGAAAAAUGAGGACGGCCUCAUUGGUUUAAGCAUGUUACGCAACUUUGAAAUGUGUCCCACUUCCUCCUGCUUUUUGUCAUGGUCUUCAUGAUGCUCAUCAGUAUCAGUUUUAAAAAUAUAUAUUUUAUUUAUUUUUGUGAAACAGUAUACAUGUAACCAUCAGGAAAGAAGUUUAUUCAUGCCAUUUUUUUACAGUUCACUGAGGAUGCAUUGGUGUGAGCGUCUGAGAGACAUGGACUAUUUGAUCGUCCUCUGCUUUCUGGCCAAACUGGCAGACUUUUCCUAAUGUAGGACUACACAGGCUGAAUGAAACCGGUGUUUACGAUAGGACCAGCAUCUGUUUGGAGUGCAAUCGCUGGAGGAUGUAUUCCACAGGGAAGGAUAUCACCACUUUAUUUUAUUUUUCUAUCAUUCUAGGACUUUUUUAUUUUAUUUUCUCAAGAAGUCACUGUCCAGCUUCAACUGAGAAAUUUGUUAUCUUCAAGUCCACAUCAUGUCUCUGACAAGACUUUAGAAGGACACACCGUGUCCGUGUUGCUUUUAUUAGUGUGUGUUUCCGUGUUUGUGGGUGUGUUUGUUUUGUAUUUGUGCGUGUCUAUGUGUGUGUGUGUGUGUGUGUGUGUGUGUGUGUGUGUGUGCUUGUGUGUCAAUGUGACCUUGUGUGUGACACGUUUCUGUGCUCACCGCCUCAUUCAUCCCUUUUCUGUCUUUGGCACCCCAAAUCCCUGCAUCCACUGACAGAGCGCUCAUCUCUGAGCCAAAUUGUGUCUUCUGUCCUGUGUCUUUACAAAGAGCCAUUUUGUGUUUGUGUGUGUGUGUGUGUGUGUGUGUGUGUGUGUGUAUGAGAAUGUGUGUGUGUGUGUGUGUGUGUGAGAAUGUGUGUGUGUGUACUUUACGUGCCUCAUUGCACUAGGUGGGGAAAUGCUGUCUUUCAUAGACAUUAGUUUGUAUUGUCUAUGUCGUCUCUGAAAUCAGCUGCCAAUCAUUCAUUCCCCCUCUCCUCCCUAACCCUUUGCCUGAUGUAAGUAACUGUGUUGAUUGUGUACUUCUUUCAGUAAUUUGUGUACUGUAUGUCCGAGGGAAAAAACAGAUGGCACAGUGAUUGAAAAUGAAAUUGGUGGGUGUGUUUUUGAUUAAAUUUAUGAGAAGGAACACAAAAAAAUGAAGAAAAAAAACAUCUGAGGCUCAUUUGUUACGGCCUACAGAUCAUGACAAAUUUAGAUCCCCUUAGAGCAAGACAACAGGGAGGAGGUGUGAGAAAACAAGGGCCUGCAAUGUCUGCACUUCCUGUGUAAACUGAUACAGACUUAUAAAGCCAUGUCUGUCACCGCUACUACAACUACUACUGUAACCUCAGCAAAACAACAGUACAACACCUCACUAAAGCUACUUGUAUUGCUAUCGUUGCCAUUUCUCUCUCAUCCUCUGAGACACGCAUACAUUUAUGGAGAAGUGUGUGUGUGUUUCAGGGAAGGAAUCUAGUUUCUUUCUCUUAACCUUUGGACCAUGGAAGUGCAGUGAGACUUACCAGUGUGCUUGAUCGGGUACGCAGGAAGGGACACAUCCCGAUUGAUACCCGCAGGUAUUCUGUGUGAUUUGUCAGCUGGAGGAUUACUGACUAGCUUGUAAAAGUAGAUAUGGUAUUGAUACAUUGGUCUCAAUGCCCCACAAUUCUCUCUUUCCCAGUCUCUCUCUCUCUCUCUCUCUCUCUCUCUGCUUGUGUCUACCCUAUUUAGCCCUUGUGUUACUGCCUGGUGAUAGAUUACAAAACUCAUAGUGGAACCAGCAAAUUCCCUUAUUCUCUUCUUCCCUCUGCUACCUCCUUGCCCCCCCCCCUCCUUCUGUCUGUGUGAUUACUGUCUGAUUACUCAUUCUCUCCUCCUGCAAACCUUACCUUUCCUCCUGCUCCACUCCCCCACCUCUCCCUCACCUAUCUAUUUCCCACGAACCUACCCGCUCACUCUACUAUUUCACAUCCCUCCAUCUUGCCCUCUUUCUUUCUGUGUACGACACCCCCCUCUUUCGUCUCUAUUCUCUCUCUCGCUGUCUUCUCGUGUUAGUGCAGUUCCGAAUGGUCAUGGGGAAACAUGUUUGCAUGCUUAUAUUAACAUGAAUGAUGUCAACUCGAUGCAAUGAAAAAUUAUAUAAGUGAUGCUUUAAGCAAAAUCUGACAAUGAACUUGAUACUAAUACUACUAAUGACGACUAAAUGGAGACCUAGCAAUUGUUUAUCUCUGUGGUCAAAAACAACGAUGAUGAAAUAACAUUGUUUAUGCUGUACUUAUCUUUCUUGAAUUGGUAUCCUUUUUGUUUUUCAAUAGUUUUUUUAAAUAUAUAAUUUAUUCAAGAGGUUUACUUUUUUAUUGGUUAAAGCUGAGAAUUUGAUUGAGGUGUUCAGUCAGGGCAAUUGUUUCAGGACAGCUGUAUCAGGUUGCAGGAUUUCAGUGAAUGUGUAAGUAACAGUGUGGCUGAAGCAGUGAUAAUGGAAAUAAAGGAUAUGUAUCA